UGGCGGCGCCCAGUGACGGUGGAAGGUUGUGAGCAUCUGUAAAGAAAUAUACGCUGAGAUUAUGGCCCUUUUAACAUUUCUGGGUUUCUUUGCUGCAUUUAUAAUUGCCCUUUGUAUUGUCAUCGGAAUUGCGUCUCGGUCUGUUUCGUGGUACUUGUCCAAAGUUCUACGGCAACGUUUCGGCGUCAAACUCAAGAUCGGAAGAUUCGGGUUUUUUUCUAUUCAAGAAGUUCAUCUUCAGUUCAGGGAUGGAACUACGCUGGAAGUGGAAAAAGCUUGGCUUACCAGUAACCUGAUCUCUGCAAAAUACAGCUCCCUUGUUGUCAUCUGCUUGGGUGACGUGCGACUACAGGCUCAUUUUGACAAGCUCUUAGAAAAAAAAGAACCCGAUCGUGGGCCGCCUGACAGAACUACACGUACGUUCAAGCUGCAACUUUCAAGGAAGGCCAGGGCCAUUUUUAAGCGCCUGUCGGUCCAUGUUUGGAAUGCAAGUAUGAUGCAGCUAGGAGCACCAUCACACGACUGCUUGCUUCACGUUACACUUCAAGAAAUUGCGUUUCAUGUGCUUGCACGGGACUCUGAGUAUUGUGUUAGCCUUGGUGUGUUUACCGCGGCACUUCGGAUAUUUAAGCAUCCUCAGGACACAAGCAGCAACGACUCAUGCCUAGCGCAGUUUUGUGUGACGCUUCAAGGCAAUGCCUCGUUUUCUGACGAGGACCUCAGCAUUGUCCACAACACGACAUUGAGCAUUCAACAACCAGAAAUAAUUCUUUAUGAAGAGAGGCUCCUUGAGGCACUGUAUUCAAAGGAGUUUGAGGUGGAGCACUCAGCUUUACCAGUAUUGAAAAACGAGGAGCUCGGUAAGGAUGAAAACGGAUCCUUAAUUGAAGAAGACACAGAAUCCGAAAGGGCUAGACUAAGAUCAGUCGUUGCAAAGUUGCCUCAGACAACAUGCAUAAAAGUGGAGGGGGCAUCUGUCAAGAUUCUCCAGGAAAACUGGCAAAAAGGCCUAUUUCUUGAGGCAAAUGCCUUCACUGCUGAGCUGCUACAGGACUCUACACAGAGCUGCUUUGCCACAUGUAUGCUAACCCUGUCCAACGUGGCUAUCACUGGUGACCAAUUCCAGCUUGUUGCACUUACAAGGGCAGAAGCCACUGGCAAGCUUCACCAUGAUCAAGUUGACGUGAGCAUGAAGGUCGCUUCACUGCGAACCGCUUACUCAGAGGAUGAACUGCGGCACUGGGUUCAGCUGUUGUCCUCAUUGUCACAGCGGCAAAGUAAACGAGAGCAUGCGCCGCGUUCUCCAAGGGCUUUACUCCAAAGGUUUUCUUCUUUGAGGAUGCUUAUGCGUGCUUCCGCUGAACUCGAGGAAAUCUCGGUCUCAGUUAGAACUGCAGGUUGUGAACCUGUCGCUGCUGGAGUGCUACGUGCUAGGCUCAAUGCUGAUGUGGGAUCACUGUUAAAUACUGGAAAAGACCAAGCUGCAAACCCAGAGCUAAGCUCUGAAGUUAUGUUGGAGACUGCUUGGUGCACACUGGGGCCCUGCGAUUCGUUGAAGCCACAACAGCUGAAGAAGAGCCAUGUUUGGAAUGUUCCGUUCUCUAUUGGCAUGAUGCUACUGAAGACUCGGCAUAGCAGCUCAGACCUGCGCAUUCAGUGCAUGCUGGGAGGUGUCCAUGCAGAAGUCAACCCUCUUGUCACUGGCCUGCUGCAGCACUGGUCGUCCAAGCUGCAGGCCAGGGCUGUGAAACACGAAGCUAAGCAGCCAGCCGUCUCAGAGUCCAAACAGGCUGGCCCAGUCCUGUCUCUGCAUUUGAGUUUGUCGGACACCAAUAUUUUUGGUCUGAGCUCAGCUGAAACAGGUGCUGUGAUCCGUUUAGACAGCCUAAAUGUAGAUUGCACCAGUGCCAAGAUGUAUGUGAACAUGGAAGGCUGUGCCUUGGCAGCUCUGCGCAACACUGUCCAGUCUUACAGUUGCAUUCCGGCUUCAGAGGUUAAACCAGCAGCGGCCUAUAUAAAAAGUGCACGCCUGAACUACAAGCCAGAGCAGAGGGAGGUGCACCUACAACUGCUUGAUGAAGUGUCACUUACUUGGUACACAACACUGCAUAUGAGCUUGGUCACGCUUGUGCAAGAUCUGCUGGACCUGAAGUCUUCGCUGAAAUUUGAUCGGAAAACGGUGGAAAAUGUGCCAAGAAAUGAAGAACCAACUCCCGAGAGCUUGACUUUCAACAUCUGCUUGCAAGGCAGCAACAGUUUUGAGUUCCGUCUUUCAAAGGCUCACAGAAUCAAGUUUGUCAUGUCAGACCUUCACAUAAAGGCGAAGCCGGCACGAAAAUCCAUCCACACAGAAGCACUGCUGGUGUAUUUUGAUGAGCACCCUAUAUUUAAGCUACAGCAAGUGCAGUAUGUUGCUGCUCCAUCAGAUGAAAAAUCAUCCAUCAACCGCCACACAAUAAAGGGACUGACCCAGCAGUACAACAAGCUGUGGACUCUUUCUAUAGAGGAAAUGAGAGUUGCUUUUCCUUACGACUACAACUUUGCGGAAGCCUGUAGUGAAGAGGCUGUCAACAUCAUCAAAUGGUUAAAGCUCAUCCACAAGAAGGGCAAGGUACCAUUUACAGCUGACUCACCACUUCCUUCUGACUUCUCAAUCAAGGCUAAGACACUGACGAUAGAGCUUGGUGAUGAUCCAUUUGAAGUGAAGCUCAGGAACAACUACGAGCUGCUUGAGGAUGAGUAUCACGAAAGCCUGAAGAGAAAGCGGAUGCUUGAUGAGAAGAUUGAGAAUUAUCGUAAAACGCACCUCUUGCUGCCAGCUUCUAAGGUGAAUGAACUCUACGCCGGCCUGAGGAAAAAGGAUGCCGACAUAUACGUCCAGCGCUCCAAGCAGCUUGGACAGGGCACGUCGACACGCUCCCACCUUGUUCUCUGGCACUUUGACCAACUGGAGGUACUGGCCCUGGCAGACCCAUCGUACCAUGGCACGGAGGCUGUUGUGGAAGUUAUGCGACGACUAGAUCCAGAGAGCCCCUACCCAGAGGAAGGGAUGCAAUUCUCGACCUUGUGGUGUCGCCGAGUGACGGGCAGCAUCAAAUCUGUCACCUGCCAGCUGCGGGACUUCCCACAAUUCAUGGUGGACUGGCGGGAAUUCCAAGUCUGGGGCACCCUGGCUGGUGCUGAGCAGGAGGCACCACCACGAGCAAAACGAAGCUCGACUGUUGAAGUAGGUACACCUUGGGGGAACAUGACCGUGCAGAGGAGCAUGCCGUCCCUCAAGUUCUAUCACGACUUGACCUGGGACCUGGGUUACCUGGGCAUGACGUAUGGAGCCUGCUGGGAGCCCAUUGUGUCUCAAGUCAGCCUGUGCCUGGAGAAAGUGAGCCGCCCGUCAGCUGACCCGAGUCCAGUCCUUGCCUGGUGGGACAAGGCACGUCUCUUGCUUCAUGGACGCCUGACUGUCUCUGCGAGACACCUGGCUCUCUUCCAGCACGUGUCUCUGGACCCAUACAAUGAUACAGAACUCUUUCAAGUGUCCUGGAGUGACGCUAUUGUGGAUUGGACGAACGGCAAGAUUGUGAUGAAAGGAAACUUGGGCAUGUAUGUGCACACAGCCUCUAGGUACAAUGACAGCCGUUUGGUGCACAUUCCAAACCUCAAAAUAAGCAUCAAGAUGAAUUGGCUUUGUGUGGGCAACCCAUUUGACCACCAUAGCAUCACACCUUGUGCUCCUGACAAGAUACCAGAGUACUCAAGCAACCAGGAACAUGACAGCUAUCGGGCAUUUCGAUCUCAGAACUUGAACCUCUCAGUUUCCCUGGAGACAAAGUCAGUAGCGUUGGAAACAGCAGAUUCCAUACCAACAUUGCUAGUCUUUAGUUCAACCUUGAAGUGGCUGGAAGGACUAAAGGCCAUCAUAGGUGGCCUGCCCAAGCUGACACGGCGAGGUGCACUGUUUGGCAAUGUGAAACCACGUAAGAGCCAGCUGACGAGGCACGUACGUCAGUUACAGCUCUCGCUUGCCCUGCACAAGUUCCAAGUGUGCUACUGGACUUCACUAGCCCGGCAGCAUGGCUUCGAACUGCUGGCCGGUCGCAUCCAGCUCAGUUCGGAGCACAGCCUCCUGUUAGACACACUGCGUGAUGGUCUUCUACACAGGCCUCGUGCCAGCUGGUCUGUGUCGUACAUGAAUUGCGAGCUGGGCGACAGUGAAGUUUGGCUCUACAAUGCAAGCACCGAAGCGGCUGCAAGCGAGCCGUCAUCAGGUGCGGCAGAUUCAGGGGCAGAACUCUCGGGUGGCUCGACUCCUGUAGAUGGAGAUUCCGGCCAGAGACCUCUGCCACAUUCUCCAUUGCCUCCACAGCGCAAGUACUUCCUGAGUGUGGCCAGAGUGUCCUAUGGACGAGAGACCAAGGUACUGCGGGGCAGUGUUUCAACCACACCGGAGGAAGACACACCGGUCCACCUGCUAGUCGUGCACGGCCUUAAGGGCGCCUGGACCAAGCACAACAGGGACGUGGUAUUUGGCCUCUUUGACAGCUACGUCGAUGCCAAGCUGCUCCGUCGCAAUCUCUCAACGGAAGCCCUUAGAGGCUUCCGUGUUGACGGGCAGCCCUUGACCUCACCUGAACUACGUCCCAGUCCCCGGCCAGCACGCAAGAGCACCUCACCGGCUGUGUCAAUGCUUCAACAGCUGGAAUCAUCUGGGCCUAAAACAGUGUACACAGAAGACGUUGAGGGGGUCGCCGAGGAAGAACAGCUUCAUGGUGUUGCUGCCUGCCAGACCGAUGAUGUUCUUCAUAAAAAUUGGUCUGUUGAACUGGUCAACAGCCAGGUGAUGCUGCGUGGGUGUGAGACAUCUGGCUACGUGAUAGUCAGUGCAGCAAAGGCGGAGAUCCUGCAGCGAGUGCACACGCCUGUGUGGAAAGAGAACACACUCGUCUCGAAGACCACCUGGAUGGGAUCUCUAGAGUGCAUGCAGUACUAUGCCACGGUUGAUGCCGGGGAGCGCGGUGCCUCUGAUGACGGUGUAGUCUGGCUGACAGUCGACAACAUAGAGGAACGCUCAUGGACAGUGAUUGAGGCCCCUGCCGAUUUGGUGGGCAGUGGCCAGGGUGUUGGAGGGGUGGUCAGCAGCACAGUAGGUGGUGCCUCGGAUCCAAACACGGCACCACUUCAACUGCAGCGAAUCAUCUCACGCUGUGGUUGCCAGUUUUUUUAUGCCAGUUAUGGAGAGAACAUUGACCCAGAAGCACUGGAAGAGGUUCCACCCCUGCCAGAUGAAGAGGACGAGGAGCCAUGGGGUCGGGAGCAGGCAGUCGAUGCAUUCACAUUGACUCACCAUGACCUUGAAGUGUGCAGUAAUCCACUGCAGUACGCCAUGGUAUUGGACUUGGUGAACAACCUGCUUCUCUAUGUGGAACCACGGAGAAGGGAGGCCAAUGAGCGGCUGCAGCGUAUGCGCUUCCGCCUGCAGCUCUCCGCGGGUGAAGACCACCGGACACCAAUCUUACAACUGCAGGACCAAGUUCGAUCUCUGCUAUCAGAGCAUAAGCAACUGGAGAGGGAAGCCUAUCAAGUACAAAGGAGCCUGAACGAGGACCCAGGAAGCACUGCCCUGGAAACUGAAUUGGCUCAUUUGGAGGAUGAGAUCCGACAGUGCAAAGAACAGCUGAGCUCGUCGAGUGAGGAGUUGGCGCUCAUGCUGAGCUGUUACCGGGAGACACAGGUGGCAGCACUAAAAAGCCGGCAGCGGGCGGCCGCUCCAGGACAGGAAGUCACGGUGGUGCGGCGUGCCGAGGUCUGUUUCAAGCAUGCACGAUGGCGCCUCACUGAUGUUGAUGGGCAACUAGGAAUUGCUGAUCUGGUGCUUUCAAACUUUCUAUAUUCACGUGUGACCAAGUCCAAUGACUCAGUUGAACACCUGCUUGAACUGGGCAAUGUAAAAGUGACGAAUCUAUUGCCCAACCAAGUUUACAAGGAAGUUCUGCAGCCAACAGAACUCCAACCACAUGUUCCACUAGAACGUCAGCGGGCCCUACGCAUAUUUUGCCGGGUGCGAGCACCCGUCGGAGGCAUUUCAGUCAAGGAGCACCUCGAGGUCAACCUGGUGCCCAUUACCAUUGGCCUGACCUACGCCUUCACAUACCGCAUGCUGCGCUUCUUCUUCUCAUCACGGGCUGCCGGAGACAAGUCCGAUGAUCAUCUCGAUGAGGAGCCAAAGCCUGCACCACCUCCUCCAAGCCACACAAGAAGAGGUCGCAAGUCGCAGCCUAGUCUGGCAUCAUCCAGCCGAGACGAUGUUGAGAAAAUGAAGGAGCGUGCUGAGAAGAACCAGACGUUUGUGUACGUAAAGGUUCCUGAAGUGCCACUGCGCCUGAGCUAUAAAGGCGAGAAGGAGAAAAACCUGGAGGAUCUGCAUGACUGCUCGUUGGUGCUUCCGACCCUGGAGUUGCACAAUCGCACUUGCACUUGGCUCGACCUGCUUAUGGUGGUCAAGAACACUGCACGCAAGGUCCUUCUAUCACAGGCAAUCAAGCAGAAGUUACAAAUCAAGAGUCACCAGGCACAGGGCAGUGCCUCUGAAGACACCAGCCAGCCGCAGGAAGAGGACAAAGCUCGACUGUUACUGGGUGCAAAGCUACUGGGUGGACCAGAAAAAAGCACCAGGAGGGGAUUCUUCAAAUGAACAUGACCAUUCUCUAGGCUGGUCUAUGCAAGGACUCCGUGCAUAGUUCUCAAGCUGCCAACGCACCGACCGUGUGCCAUUCCAUUUGUACAUACAUACAUACAUACAUCAAUGUGAUACAUGCUCACGUUGUACUUGACGGUAAAAGACCAACCGGUACACAUUUUACGAGAAUGUUUGCAGAAAAGAAAACUGCAUGCUUGGCAUGUUUUAACGAUAUUUAAUUUAGAAACAUUGUGAUUUUUUAACUGUCUGCGCUAUACCUUUAUAUAAAUGCUCACUGCAAUAAGUUGCAGUGCAGCAGCUGUGCACUGCAAAUAUUUGCACUAUUUCUGUUCUAGCAGCAUAUGGCCAUCCUUGAGACAAAAAAAAAGUGCUACAUGCCACAUAUGCGUAGCUGCACAGAUUAGUGCAAAGCAUAUGCUGUACUUUGACAUUCCUUUUGGUUUAUGCAGAUUCUUUAUCUCUACCGUGCAGUAUGCUUACCAUAUAUGGUUACAAUAUAGACAAUCCUGCACUCUGUAGAUAUAAUUUGUUCUUGUUGACUGUUUAUGAACAAAUAUGGUGUCUACUUUGUGAAGCUUAAUUCGCUGGAAUAUGUAUAAGGGCAUGCUUGACACACAAGAAAGCUAUCUUGUACUACUUUAGAAACUCUGCAGGAGCCUAGCCUGCUUACUUGCUGUCUUUGCUGUACACAUUUGUGCAUUUCUCAAGAUCUAAGUCAUUCAAAAUGAAACCAUUAUGCAUAUGUGUGCAUGUAGACUGCAGUACUUGUAUUUGUUGCUAGGCUACUAGUUUAUUUCAAUUCAGUUUCUUAGUACAGCAAGCUGUCGUAUGGUUGAAAAACAAUAAAGGAUAGUUUGCAAGA